AUGUCUGUCCCUUUUCAAGGGAGGCACGCUGAUCUUCAAGGUCUCAUCGACAUCCUUACGCAUCGCUUCAGGAGCCGCAAGUCUUUGAAAAUUAUUCUAUAUCUCGACGACCUUUUCUUACCAGAUCUGAAGAUUAUUCUUGGCUUGCUGAAAGCGCCAUCCUGCUCCAUCACACUGGAAGAGCGCUGGAUACAAUGGCAGUAUCCUGUUAUACGGGAGCGCGUUAUUGGAACUUAUGAGAGGGACUAUAAAAGCUUUGUCGAGGCCGCCCUCAAGGACACUGGAUAUCCUUUUCGUUCGACAGGUCCAAGCUUGGAGCAAUUUGAGGUGGAUGAGACCGAUGAUGCUAGUACACUUGGCUCUAAGAUUAUUGGAAAACGACAAAGAACCUGGCUAGAGGCUACUCCUCUUAAGUUGUGA